UUCUAUCAUUCAGUAGCAAGACGUCAACCAGAUAACUUCUACAAAAUCUGAAAAGUGAAAUUUGUGAUUUUUUUCUACCACUGAUUGUUUAUUAUGGCACAGUUGUCGUUCAGUGUAAAAAUCGUGGUGUUAGUGCUUUUUUCGUGGUCUGAUGCUGCAACAACACCAAUACCUCCGCAAUCAGAGACUUUGCCUGUUGGAAAAGCCCAAUUGGAGAAAUCAUCUACAGACAACAUCAGUGUUGUACCUUCCCACAAUGUCAUCGUUGAUUCAAAUAAAUUGAAAGACAAAAAGUUGCUUGGUAUGGACGAUUCAACACUGGUCAAAUUGAAGGGCUACAAAGUCAUUCCGAAAGAUUCAGAAAAAACGAAUAUUAUGAAAAUUUUAUUCCCAAAGAAAGAAUUGAGUGAGAAAAUAUCGAAGAAUAUUGAAGUAAAGCCGGAGAAUAAGACAGACGACCAAAUUAUAUCGACCAUUAAAAACAGUGACGCCAAAGAUUUGGCAAAGGAUUUUGUUGAAGUCGAUGAUAUUUUAUUGGUGCGUGACCCAACAGAUGUUGAUUUUCAAAUAGAUAAUAUUCUUGGCGAUGAAGAAGAUAAUUUCUGGACGACGCAACUUCCAUUUACCAUCGAAAUGACUGAAAAGCCUCUAAAUGAGUUGACUUUGGCUGAACGGCUUAAGCACGCUUCAAAACGUCGCAUGUUGAAUAAAUUGGCAAAAAUGGAGGUGACGUUAAAACAACGUGAACUUGUCAAACGCGAAGAUACGCCAAGUGAUGCAUCCAAAGCAAAUGAAGCGGCAACAACAAAAAAACCUGAAAGUGAAACCAUUUCGGCCACAUUAGACAACAAACAAGCUGACAGUCAGGCAACAACUACUGAAAGCUCAAAGGCAACUGAGAAUCAAACUGAAAAUCCAUCGACAAAAAAGAACGAAACGGACGAUAAGAAAUCGAAUAGUACAGAUGUAACGGUUGGAGCAGUAUUAAGCAGUGGUAUUGAAACGAGUGAUGCAGAAAAUGGAGAAGAUGCUGUUUUGGGAUCGGCUUUGGAAACAGUCACAGAAAAAACAAAGAGUGAAGAUUCCAACGAUAAUUCUCAAUCCGCAACUGAAGAACAAACAAAUUCGCAAAAAGAACCACAAGUUGGAGCUUCUAUUUCACAACAAAGUGCAGAGAAUGCAAGCGACUUAACCGAUCCAAGUGACUCCAGCGAUGCCGAUGCCGAUGCUAAUGCUCAAUUACAAGGCUCUGAUAGUGCACAAUCCAGUGGCGCUUCCUCUUCCUCCUCUGCUUCAUCUUCGAGUGCUGGUGCAUCUGGGUUCAAGUCUAGUGCUCGUAAUUUCAGCUCUCGAGUAGCGCAAGCCCAAUCACGAAUUGCGCAAGCAGCAUCACGUUUUGGUCAAGCCCCAUCCUCUUCUUCAUCUUCAGCAAGCAGUGAUAUUAGAAAUGAUGCAUCAGGACAACCAGCUCUUGGUCAACGAAUUGUGGCGAGAAUUAAUCAGGCAGUAUCCCAAAUAAACCAAGGAGCUGCUGGCCAAGCAUCAUCUUCAGGCGCAGCCGAUUCAUCGUCAGGAUCUAAUUCUGCAACGGGAGCGCAGAAAUUCGCCCAGAGAAUCGCUGCCGCGGCUGCAAGAUUCCAAGCCGAUGUUGCAAAUGAUGCAUCAUCUUCAGGAACAGCCGAUAAUUCGGCAGCAGGACAACAGGCCUUCAGUCAACGUUUAGCGCAAGCUAUGGCAAGAUUCAACCAAGUAGUGUCUCAAGCACAGGGAGCCUCACAAAUGGACCAGGCAUCAUCUUCAGGAACAGCUGAUUUGGCAAACGAUGCGUCGUCUUCGCAAGGAGCAAAUUCGGCAGCAGGACAACAGGCUUUCGGUCAACGUUUGGCCCAAGCAAUGGCAAGAUUCAACCAAGGACAGGCAGCCUCACAAACAACAGACCAAGCAUCAUCUUCCGGAACAGCCGAUUUUGCAAGUGAUGCAUCGUCUUCGCAAGGAGCAAAUUCGGCAGUAGGACAACAGGCUUUUGGUCAACGUAUAGCGCAAGCAAUAGCAAGAUUCAAUCAAGGACAGGCAGCCUCACAAACAACAGACCAAGCAUCAUCUUCCGGAAUGGCCGAUUUUUCAAGUGAUGCAUCUUCUUCGCAAGGAGCAAAUUCGGCAGCAGGACAAUCAGCUUUGGGUCAACGAAUUGCGGCUAGAAUUAAUCAGGCAGUAUCCCAAAUAAACCAAGGAGCUGCUGGCCAAGCAUCAUCUUCAGGUGCAGCCGAUUCAUCGUCAGGAGCGAAUUCAGCAAUGCCAAUUGCACCACAACAAAGCGCCGAUCCCCUUGAAAAUGCCAGAACCAAUCUUAUGAGACUUCUACAGAAUCAAGGUCAUCCAUUGCUCAGUCGAAUUCUGUUAGGUGUAAAUGAUAGUGCACGUCAGGCCGAAGCUCAAUUACCACAAUUGCCAGCACUACCACAACUACCGCAAAUACCAGCUUUGCCACAAUCAGUUCCUCUCAGACCUGGCCUUAUAGCAGGUCCAUUGGUUCCUCUCGCACAAAUGUUCCGUGCACCGGGUACACGUAGUAAAAAGCACGCCAAACGUGCAACUAAAGAAGAAGACAUUUUUGUGACACCAAAACCAUUCGACUCGUUAGCAGAGACAACGACAACCAAACGGCCGAGACUCCUUGAACGGUAUCGAGCAAUGAGCAGUGCCGAAAAAGCAGAAAAGUUUAGCAAAACUCUCGAGAAAAUUAUGCAUGGAGUAACAAUUGCCGGGCAUGUAGAUGGCUACCUAACCAAUCGUGCAAAGGAAAGUAUCAAGAAGUUGCAUAAAAUAUUCAAAACCAGCGAAGAAAACUAAAUUCAUAUGAUUGAAUAAUUUGUUGUUAUCAAUUUUAAGUUAACAUUUAUUUAUUUAUUGUUGUUUUUUUGUUGUUUAAUAUUUGAUUUGUUGAGUUAUUACACCAAAAA